AUGAGCAGUUGGUUGCGAACUCUUUUUGUCUUCUUCAUCGUGCUUGUCGCCACGACCUCGGCACUGCCGUCAGAUUAUGUUCGAUUCCUGAUUCAAUCAGCGAGAAAUCAGGAAAAUUCGUACUACCCACAAGAAGAAGUCGGGUUCAUGAGAGUCAACCGAAACCAGGGCGCCGGCUCAGUGAGUCUCGAUUCGCUGGCUUCUCUUCCAAUGCUACGGUACGGAUAA